CAGAGGCUGCAGGCAUGAAGGGGAGCCGCGCCCUCCUGCUGGUGGCCCUCACCCUGCUCUGUGUCUGGGGGCUGGGCUCAGGGGAGGACAGUGAGGAGUUCUUCAUGGAAUUCCUACAAACACUGCUGGUGGGGACCGCAGAGGAGCUCUAUGAGGGGCCCCUGGGCAAGUUCAGCGUCAACGAGGAGGCCAAGGCUGCGCUCACCGCGCUCAAGUCCGGCAUAGACGGCCUGCAGCCCAGCCACAAGGCGGAGCUGGUCAAGCUGCUGGUGCAAGUGCUGGGCAGUCAGGACGAGGCCUAAGUGGACCCAGAGAUGGCUGAGCCACAGGACCCGUCACAUGGGCAGCC